AUGUCCUGUUUUGGGCAUAAAGAUGCAGCCAAAGGCUCGGUGCCGGAUGUCUUGCGACGAAUUGGCCCUGUUGAAGGUUAUCAAUCAGCACAGCAUCUACUUGGUUUCUACUGCGCUUGCGCAGUGACGAGCCAGUACACAUUUCAGAACGACUCAAUUACGAGACCGAAAGGAAUAUCGUUGCGAAAUGUCCUUGAAAACGCCUUGGCCUUGACAAUAUUGGAGCACCCAUUGCUCCAAGUCGGUCUAAUUGACGAGAAUUCUAAGCGGCCCGCGUGGAUUCAGCUCGAUUCCGUCGAUUUCAGGAUCAACGUUGAGUGGAGAGAUGUUUUAAAUCCCGAGAGCAGUAGAGAGACCUUGCUUGACACAUUACAAACACAACACGACAGUCCCUUUCGAGAACUCAGUCAACGGCCGGCUUGGAGAGUCGUCGUACUGAGAUCCGAUGACUCUUCUGACUUCGAGGUCGUCUUCGCCUGGAAUCACACCGUUGCUGACGGCAUGAGUGGAAAGAUUUUCCACCAGACUUUGCUCAGAAAUCUCAACCAUACAUAUUCAGCGCAACAUCCGGCCAUUGAGCUAGUAGACCAUGUCUUGAAACUUCCGAAGCUAUCCAAACUGACACCACCGCUGGAAGAGUUGCUAAAGUUUCCAAUUUCGCCAGCAUUCGUGGCGACGGAAGGGUGGCAAUCCAUGCGGCCAUCCUUUCUGGGCUCGAAGUCACAGUAUGCAGCCACAUGGGCGCCAAUGAGGCGCACUCCUUUGAAGACAGUUAUUCGCUUGGUAGAGAUACCGAAGCAAGACUUGGAAAGGCUCCUGAUGAAAUGCCGCCAGGAGAAGACUACGCUUACAGGUUUAUUACAUGCGGUAACACUCUUGGCCUUUGCUACAAGGCUUAACGCGAACCAAGCCCGCGCUUUUGAAGCUGGAACCCCUUUCGAUCUGCGCCGCUUCAUGUCCUCAAUGCCUCCUGGCCAUGCUGGGUUGGACCCGCAUCAGACAGUCGGGAACCUUGUUGCGUACUUCACACACAAAUUUGACGCGGAUAUUGUGGCAUCCUUACGAAACAAAUUCGAGAAGGCAAUGACCAGUGCCGAUAUUCUCGAAGAAUUAGAGCGCGGGCUAUGGUCUGAAGCCACGGUUUUCAGAGAGCGAAUAACCCAGAGGCUUGAAGCCGGGACGAAGAAUACGUCACUAGGAUUGGUUAAAUUUGUUGGCGACUGGAGAAAAUUUCUGAAAGACGAGUUUAAAAAGCCGCGAGCACAUUCGUGGGAAGUCAGUAACCUCGGAGUACUCGAUGGCCAAAUUGGUGGAGAUGCAGCAAAGGAAGGACAAUACUGGACGAUCAAAAGCGCAGUAUUUUCGCAAAGCGCCGCGGUCAUCGGACCAGCGUAUUUAAUUAGCCCGGUAACCGUGAAAGGAGGAUCUUUGACCCUCGGCUGUACGUGGCAGUACGAAGUUCUUGAUCAAACCUUGGCUAUUGGUGUUACCAACGAUUUGCAGACGUGGCUGAUAGACAUAGCUCAGGGCAAAGCUCUCACCCUUGGCAAACGGUAA